AUGCGCGAAGAAGAACCGAUCGUGAAGAAGAAAAGGAACGGGUCGGACGAGAUCACUGCUUUCAGUGACCGGUAUGAAGAGUUUCAGAAGCUGAACACAGAAGUUUUGGGUGUAUCUGUGGACAGUGUGUUUUCCCACCUUGCAUGGGUUCAAACCGACAGGAAGUCUGGGGGUCUCGGUGAUUUAAACUAUCCAUUAAUUUCUGAUGUGACCAAAUCGAUUUCAAAAUCAUACGGCGUGCUCAUUCCCGAUCAGGGAAUUGCAUUAAGAGGGCUAUUUAUCAUUGACAAGGAGGGAGUUAUUCAACACUCGACGAUCAAUAACCUGGCCAUUGGCCGUAGUGUUGAUGAAACACUCAGAACUCUUCAGGCUUUGCAAUAUGUGCAAGAGAACCCGGAUGAGGUGUGCCCGGCUGGAUGGAAGCCCGGCGACAAGUCAAUGAAACCCGACCCGAAGCUCAGCAAGGAAUACUUUUCCGCGAUUUAG